CAGGGGCCUGUUGCACAAAAGUAGAAUUAAGACAUCCGGGAUAAAUGACUCAGCUGAGCUCAAUGAAGCCAAAACAUGUGCGUCCAGGCUUAAUUGGUUGCACAAAGACCAAGCCAGGAUGAGCAGACACGGAUUCAUUAAGCCAGGUGAAACCAAUCCUGGAUAGGUGCGCGCUCACGGCUCACUCAAAUAGACCCCGCCACAGAUCACAGAUUAACUGAUUUACCAUGGCAACUAGAGCCGCGUACUUUUCCCCGUCGGAAGCACAAAUCCUCAUGGAGGCAUACGAGGAGGUAAAAGAUAUAAUUAAGAAGAAAGGCAACACCGCCACAGUGAUAAAGCAAAGAGAAAAAGCGUGGCAAAGUAUUGCAGACUGCCUGAAUGCGUAAGUAGUGCACAAUUACACACUCACCGCUCCGCUGAAACAUCACAAUUACAAUUCAAAUAUUUAAUUCACAUCUCCAAAAAUGCAGUUGUACUGUAAUUAUGAAACGGUUAAAUUUUUAAUUGAAAUGCACUGCAGAUAUGAGUGAAAUUGUGUAAAGUAACUCCAUCACACUGUAUAAAGCUAUGAUACAUUUUUUGAUAUUUUUACUGAAAACAAGACAAAAAUACCAAGUAAUUUUUUGCAGUGUGACUCCAUUAAAUGUGUGUGUGUGUGUGUGUGUGUGUGUGUGUGUGUGUGUGUGUGUAGAUUAAACAUGAACGGGCCAAAACGGACAUGGCAGCAGGUCAAAAUCAAAUACAAGAACAUUCUGCAGAAUGCAGUGAAAAAGAAUACCCACAGACAAGGCACGGGUGGUGGGUCACCAAAGGCUGACCUUACCCCAGCAGAGGACAUGGCCUUGGAGCUAAAUAAAGGCAGGCCCGUCUUAGAGGGGAUCCCUGGGGGGAAAGAGACGAGCAUAGGUUCCUCCCAAGAUGCCACCCGCUUCAUUCAAGUGCCUGGCAGCACUGUGUUCCUGUUAGAGCCACCAGCACAAGCACCAGACGAUGCUGAUCCAGGUGAAGGCCCCAGUGCAGCAGCAACAGCACAUGAUGGAGACGAUGAUGAGGAGGAGACCAUCUCUCUGGAUUCCAGAAGGCAUGAGGACCCAGAUGCUAUACAGUGGGAAAACCAGCCUGGCAACAUAAGCUCACAAGCUAUCAGAAAGUUGUAUGGCAACCACCUCCGGCGCCAAAUAGAACUGGCAGACAUAGACAUUCAGUACAAGAAGAAAAAGAUGGAAAAUCUUGCACUGGAGUCCGAAAAAAAAAGAGGACAAUUAGGAAACUGGACCUUGAAAUAAAAAAACUUGAGAGGGAGCUCCAAGAAGAUGACACAGCUCAAAAUAAAAAUUAGGUAUAUUCUCGUAAAGUCAAGUGAGCCAUGACAUAUGAGCUCUUAUUGUGAGCACACAGGACGGUGGCAUCUUUCUAAGUUUUGUAUUUAUUUUCCCAGCAAUCAGUACAACCAAGUCAUCGUUAUAAGGCAUCGCCCUCUUUUGCCCACCCCCCCAGCACCAGGUGUGGCCACUAGCCUAUAUGAAGGCCCAAAAUUGUGUGUUCCUUUCUGCUCUGACAAUGGCAUGCCCAUUCGUGCGAGAUGUGGUGGAUGAAGAAGCACUUGUGCUGAGGAGAGCCUUCAGGCGAGAAAGGGUCUUCAGGGACCGGUUGGACCCACUGGCCUUCCCUGAUGACCAUCUAUAUGAAAGAUACAGGUUUUCUGCAGAUGGCAUCAGGUAUCUAUGCAGACUACUGGGUCCCAGGAUUAAGCACCGCACUGCACGGAGCCAUGCACUGAGUGUGGAGCAAAUGGUUUGUGUGGCCUUGCGCUUUUUUGCUAGUGGAGCCUUCCUGUACUCAGUGGGGGAUGCAGAACAGCUGAACAAGGCCACAAUUUGCCACACAAUAAGGAGUGUGUGUCUGGCUAUCAAAGCAUUAGCAGAUGUCUUCAUCUCCUUCCCUGGCCACAGAAGACUCUGUGACAUCAAAGAGGAGUUCUAUAGGAUUGCAGAUGGUCUGCAAUGCUGACUGUGUGAUCAGCAAUGUUGUGGCAAAAUGGCCUGGCUCAGUCCAUGACUCCAGAAUCUUUCGGGCCUCUGAA